AUGAAGGCGCAGCACGGCACGACACACCCACACCCACCUCGGUUCGGUUCGGCUCGGCUCGGCUCGGCUCGGUUCGUCCAGUCCAGAGGCCAAGAAUACGCAAGAGUGAGCAAUGGCGGGAAGGCGAGAGGAGGGGGACGGACAGGUGCAGCGGCGGCAGCAAGAGGGGAAGAGGAGGACUACAUCGACAUGGACCUGAGCUCUGUAGCUGCGGCCGGGGCGCGGGAGUUCGAGUUCAUGUCGGCGCCGCUGGACCGGUGGGGGGAGCCCCUGGCGUCGCCGGCGGACGAGCUCUUCUACAAGGGGAAGCUGCUGCCGCUGCACCUGCCGCCGCGCAUCCAGAUGGUGGAGGAGCUCCUGGACGGCCGCGGGGCCGGCAGCAGGGAGUUUCUCCACCACGGCAUCAGCACGGCCCCCGCGACGCCGUACGAGUCGUGCAACGCGUCGCCGGCCAACUCGUGCUACGUCAGCGGGGAGCUCAACGUCGAGGAGUACUUCCAGGAGUACGCGGCGGCGGCCGGCCUGGCGCUGGCAGCGGACGCCGCGGCGGCCCCCGGGGGGGAGAGGAAGCCGUGGUCCAGGAAGCUCAGGUUCAUGAGGCAGCUCAACCUCGGGCUCAGGCUCAAGGCGUCCAAGGCGUACCUCAAGACCAUAUUCGCAGCCAAGUCGGACGAAAAGAACGAUCUUGGCGCGGCGACGGCGAGGGGAGCGCGGGAGGAGCUCGCCCACGGCCACCCCAGGGCGUGGAGGAAGAACCCGUUCGCCCAGAUCAGAAGCAACAGGUGCAUCGCCUCCGACGUCUGCGUCGGCGGCGGCAGCAGCCGUGCCGCACCCGCAGCAGGGCGGUACAAGGAACGCGAGCACGGGCACAGGCGGUCCUUCUCCAGCGUCAUCGUCCGGUACUCCUCGUCGAACAAGACGUCCCCCGUCCCUGCGCUGCCGUUGCCGUCGUCUUCGUCGUCCUCGUCCUCGUCCUCGUCAGCCUCCUCGUCGGUCCGGACCUCGAGCGAGUCCGACGGCGCGGGCCCGGCGCUGAGGAGGAGCAGCAGCGCGAGCUCCGAGGUGGAGAACCCCAUCCAGGGGCUCAUCGCCUACUGCAAGAAGUCCCAGCAGCUGGCCUCCGUCAGGAAGAGCGCCAGCGACGCCGGCUUCCGCUUCCUGUCGUCGGCGGCGUCCAAGAUCGCCGCUGAGUCCGACGACCUUGAUGAGCUCACCGAGAUUUGCAGAGGAUGA